AUGGCCAGACUGACGUUAAAUAUGAAAGAAAAACAGAAAAAGAGCAACGAGGCUAACUAUCUAAUGGACGUUGUUGAGACGUACAUUGACGACUGCGACUCUAUCAGCUCUAUCGACUCUUUCGCAUCACCUCACGUAAUAAUAUUCGCUCUCAGCACAGACGAUAAAUCACUUGCUCUGAGGAAGAUAGAAUUUGUUAGAAGAAAGGUGCUAACGAUACAGAAUUUGUCCGAGAACUCUUGUAGUAUCACUCUUGUAGUUCAGAUAGAUUCGCAAGAAUGGAUCUGCCCAGUGAUUUUGCUGGCCUAUCGCACUCCAAACAUUGGUCCUAUUCCAUAUGACGUCAUGAAACAGCUAAAGGAAUUAUCAAGGAACUCACGAGUCUUCCGAUGUAUGGAAUCAACUGGUUUAGGAAGAAGUCUUCUCCGACACUGCUUUGCGGUAGCACUCAUGGCUGCACGUCCUUUUUUGGCCACAACCAGAGCCGAAAAUGACGUCUGUAUUGACGACGGAUUGGAAAAGCGACGUGAAAAGCCACCUCGUAGGGCAACUGUCGAGGAGAAAACGCCUAAGAUUGAAAGUUUGCAAAAUAAAUCCCCGUUUAGGAAAUCAUGUAGAAUCCAAUAA